ACGCCGCCCCACCCGCAAUAUUAUUAGCCUUAUGCCUACAGUCCUUUAUUCGACCCGUAUCACGGCUAAUUGUUGUGCUGUACGGCUUAAAAAGAUACACAGCAAGAUGUAAUCAACGCGAAACAGAGAAAGCAAAUGGGCAAACCAUAGGGAAGAGUGGGACGGCGCAAAAGCCUAUCUUAAGAAAACGGAAAGAGAAAGGAGGUGGACUUUUAACCCAACUAAAUCCUGGGUCAGUAAUAAAUUAUGUUCUGAAAGCAUUUUACUCGGACUAAAAGCACACUAACAAGGCCAAUGCCGGAUGGCACACAUGCAGUGUUGUCAUGGGCUCUCGUAAAACGAACAUAGGCUGAUGUGAUGACGGGCGUUUAUUUUAAAUAUACAUCAAACAGCCAAUGCAGUAAACAGAUUUUGUAUGUGCUUGUCAAGGCUAGAAGAGACGACAGCAGGGAGUACAACCAAGGAGCGAAAUAAGGAAGGGGAGUGGGAGAUUCAUUGGAGGGAGAGGGGGAGGGAGGAAAUCGUUUCCCUGCAAUAGCACACACGCCACAAGAAUACGCCGAACGGAUCGGGAGAGGAAAGGGAACGGGGAAAAGAAAGGAAAUAAAAAAGCGAAGGAUUCUUUGUUUUGGGAGAUCAUCUCUUACCGGAGAAGAGAGGAAUGAUAUCAGCAAGAAUCUGGAAUCAUAUCAUUUUUAUUAUUGUACCACUUUAGGCUAUACGGCGAAAGAGCUGUUAGCGAGCCCGUAUUUUGGAAUAGGAGACAGCAGUCCUUUCGAUUCGGUGUGAUUUCUUGGACGUUUUACAGUUAUGCUUCAGUCUAAUUUAAUGCAAAUACAGGGUCAUUUGUAAAAUAUCAAGACACAAUCUAUGUGUAUUUAUCCCAUUUGUUUCAAAGGACUAGGAGCGUUUAUAUAAAUAAUCGUUACAUUUAAACUGUAAGACCUAGUUGUCCGCAACGACUACAUACAUUGCAAUUAAUGAUUAUUUAUAAUCUUAACGCUGCCACUUUGUCAAGAUACAACUUGUUUUGAUGCAGUCUUGGCGGGUACCGUUUUUCGUUCGAAUACCCACCUGAAUUGUUUUAAGGCCUAACAAACAACAGAGAUAACUGUACGAAAACAGGAUAAUAUCUGCCUUUGGGGGAAAGUGCACAUAACAAAGGACUGUUCCUAUCUCAGUACACAGAUAAACCAAGUUACCAGUGCUCGAUAUGCGUUUUUUCCAACAUUAGAUUGGGAUUGCUUUUUAUCUUGUGUGGCAAGCCGGACAGCCCCUAGAAGGCUGACAGUAAGUGCUCACGCUCGCGUUUGUUGUUACGGUGAUCACGGUAUCGAAAAUUAAAACAUAUGCAAGUGCAAACGAAAAGAAAAUACUGAGAGAUACAUAUUACAGCGAUAGGCAGGCUACCGUGUACAUUAGGCUGCUGGCAAAUAAGGACAAAGUAAACGAAGAAAGGGUGAAGCAAAAUUUACGAGAAAUAGGUUGAGAAAACGAUAGUGCAUUUCAAUGUUAAUGUCGACAGACGUAGCAUCAAUUAUGCUACCUGUAACCCGGGGAUUAAUGGACCGGGAAAGGGACCUGGACCCGAUUAACGGCGUGCACUCGAAUCCGGCCGGUGCUUCGGCGGUGGUCAGGGGCAUCAAACGCGGUGAUCCGGAGCCAGACGCUCAGAAUGCGGCAGCUUUGGCCAACUCUGCUGGGGCGGAGUGCAAACGACCACGGAUAGACGGGUCGGUGGGAGUCGGUGAGAUUGGACAGAACAACGAGCCCCUGACCCCUGGCUACCAUGGUUAUCCACAUCACAGUCAGGGUUCCCAGGAUUCAGCAGGGGCUCAGGAGGUGCUUGUACCCCCACCUUUCUCUGCCUUCCCGCCUCCGCCACCUCCGCCACCGCCGCAGAAUGGGCUGGGGUUGGAUUUUGGAAGCGGUGUGUUUGGUGCAGGGGGACAGGGACCGCCAGAGGCAGGCAGUGGGGCAGAUGGCUCAACAGCUGUUCCCAACAGUUUAAAUGCCCAACAGGCAGAUGGCGCUUCUCAGAUAGAGGGUCAAGGUGUGGCUGGGGCAGGCAGUGGGGCACCAGGAGGCGCAGGAGGGGGUGAAUCCUCCGAGGGCAAAGGGACCCCAAAACGGCUCCACGUCUCAAACAUUCCGUUCCGCUUCCGAGACCCGGACCUUAGGCAGAUGUUUGGGCAAUUUGGAAAAAUACUCGAUGUUGAAAUCAUUUUUAACGAGAGAGGAUCAAAGGGCUUCGGCUUUGUGACAUUUGAGACCAGCGCAGAGGCAGAGAGGGCCAGGGAGAAGCUCCACGGUACUGUGGUGGAAGGGCGCAAGAUCGAGGUGAACAAUGCUACAGCUAGGGUGAUGACCAACAAGAAAAUGGUCAGCCCGUACACCAACGGAGAGGCUCUCAGCUCGCUGCCCUACGCUGGGUGGAAGCUGAGUCCAAUGGUGGGAGCCAUGUAUGGACCAGAACUCUACACAGUCCCAGGGUUUCCGUACCCUACAGCAGCAGCAGCAGCAGCAGCGUCCACUGCUGCGGCGUUCAGGGGGGCUCACCUCAGGGGCCGCGGUCGCCCCGUCUACGGCGCUGUUCGAGCCGCAGUGCCACAGCCUGCAAUCACAGCUUAUCCUGGUGUGGUGUAUCAGGAUGGGUUUUAUGGAGCUGCAGAUCUGUAUGGUGGUUACGCUGCCUAUCGCUAUGCUCAGCCCGCUGCUGUAACCGGGGCGACUGCUGCUGCGGCUGCCGCAGCUGCAUACAGCGACAGUUAUGGCCGAGUGUACACUACGGACCCCUACCACGCUCUGACACCCGCGGCUGCCGCUUACGGUGUGGGAGCCAUGGCAAGUAUAUAUAGGGGUGGAUACAGCAGAUUUGCUCCGUACUAACUGGUCACGCACCUUCUUGGAUUUCCCUUUCCUUGGACCUCGUGUUGCUGCAUUUGCAAUGAACCCCCUCUAUCACCUUGGGAGGGAAAUGCAAAGUGUUAUUGGACUCUGUACAAAGACAAAAUUGCGACGUAACUUCAUAAAACCCACCAAAUUCACACAUGGCCAUAGGAAAGGACAGCAAUGCAACAAUGUAAUUUGGACUGAAAGAAUUUGCUCCACACAACAUUACACAAUAAUAUAACAUUGCAACUAUUCCCUAAACAGUUACAUCUCCACAGUUACAGUUAUGCUCUCCACUGCUACUAAAUUCCACCAACCUGUAAAUGCACCAAGCUUUUUUUUUUUUGACAACUUCAUGCAGUUGCACAUCUCACAGGAAAGUAUAAGGUGUUCCUACAUGUAAAGGCACUUCCCCUAACAUGAGCUACUGAGAAAGCCGAUGGACCCGAGCAACACAGAAACAGCCAGAAACGGCUGCAUGACUGCAUUAACAAAGAGGUGAGAGCAAGCAGGAGAACCACACCAUUUAAGUUACCAGGACAACACAACUGUGUAAAAGGAGUAAUUUUACUAGUUGUUUUUUCCCGCUUUUUUUUUUUUUCCCUUUGGUAAAAACAGCCAUCAACAGCAACA